GGCUAGUUUCACUAAAGUUUAAAAGUUAAUAGGAAACUAGAGUCAGGUGGUGGGUAAGCUGGUGCUGGUAGCUCUUGCAAAAGACAUUUGAGAUUUUGGCCUUUAGGGCAACGAGUAACUAUCCUUUUCCUUUACUGCUGGAAAAGAAGACUCAAGAGGAAGAAAAAAAUCAGAGAGUUGUGGAGUUCCCAAGAGUGCUCAGUUUUGAGGUUUUGUUGAAGAUAUUCCUAAAGAAUGAUCUGAGAUUGCCACACAGCAAAAAUGGUUCAGCUGACAGCUACUCCUCUAAGUGCACUUGUUGAUGAGCCAGUGCAUAUCCGAAUUACAGGCCUAAGUCCUUUUCAGGUGGUGACUCUUCAGGCAUCACUGAAAGAUGAGAAGGAGAACAUGUUUUAUUCUCAUGCCUACUAUAGGGCCAAUAAAGUUGGCGAGGUGGAUUUGGAACAUGAUUCUGCACUUGGAGGUGACUAUGUGGGAGUUCACCCCAUGGGUCUUUUCUGGUCCUUGAAACCUAAAAAGUUGCUAACUAGACUACUGAAAAAAGAUGUGAUGAAUAGCCCUUUCCGAGUCCAAAUAAAACUUUGUGACCUACAGUCUCCACUAAGAAAUCAAGUUACUAGUACCUCAAUGGUCAGCCUGACUUUGGAAAGGUGGUAUGCGGCACCGGGUGUUACACGGAUCCCGGUCGAGGAAGGCCGCCUUCGAGGAGCCCUCUUUCUCCCUUCAGGAGAGGGCCCUUUUCCAGGGGUGAUUGAUUUGUUUGGAGGUAUUGGCGGGCUGUGUGAACACCGGUCCAGUCUCCUGGCCAGUCGUGGCUUUGCCUCGUUGGCCUUGGCUUACUGGGGCUAUAAAGACCUACCUUCUCAACUACAGAAACUAGAUUUAGAGUAUUUUGAGGAAGCUUCCAACUUUCUCCUGAGCCAUCCUAAGGUCUUUGGUCAAGGCAUUGGCGUAAUCUCUACAUCCAAAGGAGCAGAGAUUGGACUGUCUAUGGCUAUUUACCUAAAACAAGUCAUAGCCACCAUACUUAUUAAUGGGACAAACUCCCCUUAUGGCAUUCCAUAUGUAUACCGUGGUUAUACCCAUCAGUCCAUACCCUACUCUCUACAGUUUCUAUCCACCAAUGCCUUGGGGUUUAUAGAGUUUCAGGGCAUUUAUGAGAAAAUUGGAGUUGAGGCUAGCCAGUAUUUAUUUCCCAUUGAAAAGGCCCAUGGGCAUUUCCUCUUCAUUGUGGGAGAAGAUGAUAAAAGUAUCAAUAGCAAAGAACAUGCUAAGGAAGCCAUAGAAAAGUUGAGGAGACACGGGAAGAACAACUGGACCCUGCUAUCAUAUCCUGGGGCAGGCCACCUGAUAGAACCACCCUACUCUCCACUGUGCUGGGCGUCAAAGAUGCCCAAUGCUUGCACACCUAUCAGCUGGGGAGGAGAGGUUAUCACACAUGCAGCUGCACAGGAACAUUCUUGGAAGGAGAUCCAGAAAUUUCUCAGGAAGCACCUCAUUCCAGUGGUGACUAGUCAACUCUGAGAAGAAUAGAUAUUUCUGGGAAACUGAGAAGAAAAGUCUCUUUACUAGCAUCUCUUGAUUUCAUAGAGGAACAUCUUUGAUCUCUUAUUGUUAAGAGGGAAGUUGUAAUAACAAAAGGGCAGGAAGACUGGGAAUGGUAAUGUCUCGACUUUUGAAAGGUAAAUGGUUUCCACUGAACCAAACAUUAUACACCGAGAAUCUUAUAUAUGUAGAAAUAAUCUUAUGGCUCUACCUGCCCUGAAAUAGUCAUCAUUUCAACAAUUCUCAAUCAUAGCAAUUGUCAAGGGAAAAUUUACCAAAAAUGAACCACAGACAUGCAAACCAGAUAUAAAAAGAAUCAGAUGCUGACAUCUAUUUAUUUCCUAAAACUCAAAUAUUUGUAAUUUCCUCAUUUAAAAAUAUGCUCAUACCUCACUGUAGCUUUGUUGUUGGAAGGCCAGAACCAGGUGAAGAAUGUAUUAUUUUAAGGCAAUAUGGAAGCUUAUCAUGGAUGUAAGAUUGUUGAAUCAGUCUACAAUCAAUAAUUAACAAAUAUAAUAAAAUUACUUUUAUGUCUGAGCAUGUACAUGUUGGCAUUCUCAACAAUGAGAGAGCAGCAAUCAGAUUCAUAGACUUGUAAUUCAGGGAGGUAGCCAUGAUAAUGGGGAUUGUAUGCCUCUAGAUUAGGGACUGGCUAUUUACCAUCUGGCUACUUUUUCUGUAAAAAAGAUGCUAAAUAUCUUUAGCUUUUAGUCAGAUGCUAAAUAUCUUUAGCUUUGUGAACUAUAAGUUCUCUGUUAUUACUCCUUAGCUCUAUUAUAGCACAAAAGCAGCCAUAGGUAAUUGUGUAACAACUGAUGGUGCCUUCGUUCCAAUUAAACUUUAUUUAUGGACAUUGAAAUUUGUGUUUCUUAUCUU